AUGGAAUCCAACGUCGGCUACCAAGAGCUUCUGGCUGGUGCGCGAGCAAGUCUCGAAGAGUCCAACACAGCUUCGAAUACGUAUGUUGCACCCGACAAAGACCCGUUUUGUUUGGAUCCCAUCUACCUCGAGCUGUCGAGCAUGCAGUUUGCACCAAAUGAGACCCAUCUACCUGACGAGACGGUCUUGUUUUUCAUUGCCACGUUGGCAUCAGUGUUGCAAGUGCAUUGGUGGUCGCAUUGCUCAUCGUGCUUCAAACAAAGCCGCAACACAAGAGGUGCGCACUUGUGCCGGUAUUUGUUCCCUCGGGCCCGAGUUGAAGUUGGACACAUUGGCACGUCUGCAAUCGUGCUCGUGAGGAAACUCAGAGAAGAGUACAUCAAUGGAUACAGCGAUGUCAUCCUUCGUGCGUUCUAG